UCCCUUUCCCGCUAAAAAUCACAUCCGAACCGAAGUCUCCGGUUUAGGCCGAUCGGAAUUCGCAACAUAUAAUGCGGGCACAUCCACGAUUCAUUUCAUUUGGGCUGCGUUCGGUAUAAGUACCAGUGUUUGCUUGUAUUUUCUUGCCCCUACAAAACGCCUGCGCAGCUGAGACGAAUAUCAGGAGCAAAAAAGAAGAGAAACAAAAUGCCGAAAUGGGCAAAGCGCAAAUUUGAAGGCGGUAACGAUGAAGGUGCAAGAAUUGAAGCGUGCGAGUUGUCGCAGUACCGCAAAGUGGUGGUAAGAAUGUGGCAAGGAAAGGUAUAUGUGGACUUUCGCGAAUUUUACACCAAGGACGGGAAGCAACUACCUGGCAAGAAAGUGACGCUUGAGAACAUUAUGCUAAUAGUAGAAAAUUCUUUUGCUGUCCUACCCCAGGUAUUUCAUUGUCAUUGGAACAGUGGGAAGUGUUGCGAAAUCAUAUGGAUGAGGUUGACAAGGCAAUAGCUUGAGAGCAUCAUGUGGGUUACAGGUUCAAGAGUACCACGUGGAUAACUUUUGUUGUAAAUUUAAUUGUGUUUGAAUCAUAUAAAUUAGUAGCUUUGUUUCAGUUCAUGGAUUGAUAGCAACUGUAAUCUAUUAUGGCUCAACGUUCUUGUACAGCAGAUCAAUCCCAGAAUUAUAUGUAGCUUGUUUUUAUUAAUGAAAAUUUGAUUUUGUUCACUCA